AUGAGUUUGCUGCCAACCUGGGUCAUUCGGCUUAUGCGUAAUGUCUUCGGGUGGCUUGGGGGUGCCUGUGGUGUUCGCAUUCCACAGGUGGGUAAAGAUCCGUUCAUGUUUGGCAGCUGUAUGGUGACAUCCGUCGGCAUGAUGGGGUUGGACAUGGCGUUCUCUUCUAUUCCAUUGUAUUCGCAAGUGCCCAUGCUCGUGAACAUCGGUUCAAUCUUGGACAAAGCCGUAGUUGUGAACGACAAGGUUGAAGUGCGUCCAAUGCUAACACUUACCACGACAGUCGAUCAUCAGUACGCGAACAGUUGUGAGGUGGCUCGUAUGGCCAAGAGCCUCAAGGAGUUUGUCGAGAACCCGAGCUUGCUUGAGGUUAUUCACGGUGCUUAG